UAUUUUGAUUUAAUUUAGGAUGAAAGAAUAAAGCAGUUAGAAGAAAUACUAAAAGAAGUAGAACAAGAGAGAGCAAGAUUACAAAAGGAUUUCAGCAUUAAACAAAUGCAGGCUGACAAAUAUCAACACCUAGCCGACGAUGCUAGGAAUAAGCUUGAUGAUUUGGAAGCAGAAAAUAUUUCCUUGCGAAAGUUAAUUUAUUUUUUCAAGGAAGUUGAAAUUCUCAGACACGGUCAGAAACAGGCAGUAGCUAUUAAAGGUACCACAGAGUCGCGACUUCAUCGCACACUAGAAGAGAUGGACAGAUUAAGAACAGAAUUGAAACAAGCAAGACAAGAAUAUAAAAGCCACUCGGAUUUAGAGAAAAAGAAAAUCGAAGAAGUAAUGGCCGAAAAUAGGCAAAUGGAAAAACAAAAGAGCGAGCUUUUGAAUGCAUUUAAGAAACAGAUGAAAUUAAUAGAUGUUUUGAAAAAACAGAAGAUGCACCUGGAAGCGUCGAAAGCACUGAACUUCACAGAGGAAGAAUUUAUGCGUGCUCUCGAUUGGGGCAGUUAGAAACUUAACCGGGUUCUGUUUGACAAUUUCUAUAUUUAAAAUACUUGUCUUCGUAAUUUACAAAGCUUCUCUUUCAAAGUCAAGUUGUAAUUUGAGUACUGCCACAGACGUUACUCGAUACUUAAAUUAUAACUUUAAAUCGACCUUCAGCAAUACGUUUAUAGUGAAGUGAAGUCACAAUCUGCACCAUUUUUAUGCUUUUAUGGGACCAUUACGUGACUGAUUUAAGCAGUAUGCCAUCUUCAACUAUUCCAUGUCAAUUUUAAAUUAUUGUUAGCUUAGUUAAUAACAUAUUAAGUUAAUAUAUUAUUAUUGUAUGUUUUUACAAAUUUUCUAUCUUACAGUUUUUGUAAGUUAGGCAUUUAUUUUCAAGUACAAAAAAACAAUUAUAUUGUAUAUAUCUGUUAUAUUUAUUCCUUCUAUAUACAAAAUACUGUGUUUUUGGAGCAAUAAAUAAUUUAUAAUUACCAUUAAAUUAAUUCGAGCCUUGCCAAUGGUUAAAAUGAAAACACUAAUUCCAUAAUUAUUAUUUCACUUUAUUUUUGUAAGACACAGCCAAUGUUCACAUAUGUCGUAAGGACCUUGUA